AUCUCAUCAAAAAUGUCUGGACGAGGAAAGACCGGAGGAAAAGCUCGUGCUAAGGCCAAGACCCGCUCUUCCCGGGCCGGGCUCCAGUUCCCUGUGGGCCGCGUCCACAGGCUGCUCCGCAAGGGGAACUAUGCGCACCGGGUGGGAGCCGGAGCUCCGGUGUACCUGGCCGCUGUGCUCGAGUACCUGACCGCUGAGAUCCUUGAGCUGGCCGGGAACGCAGCCCGCGAUAACAAGAAGAGCCGCAUCAUCCUCGUCAUGGCUCGAACCAAGCAGACCGCCCGUAAGUCCACCGGAGGGAAGGCUCCCAGGAAGCAGCUGGCCACCAAGGCCGCCCGGAAGAGCGCCCCGGCCACCGGCGGAGUGAAGAAGCCUCACCGCUACCGGCCCGGGACCGUGGCUCUCAGAGAGAUCCGCCGCUACCAGAAGUCCACCGAGCUGCUGAUCCGCAAGCUGCCCUUCCAGCGCCUGGUCCGGGAGAUCGCUCAGGACUUCAAGACCGACCUGCGCUUCCAGAGCUCCGCCGUCAUGGCUCUGCAGGAGGCCAGCGAGGCUUACCUGGUCGGCCUGUUCGAGGACACCAACCUGUGCGCCAUCCACGCCAAGAGGGUCACCAUCAUGCCCAAAGACAUCCAGCUGGCCCGCCGCAUCCGCGGGGAGAGAGCGUAA